AUGGAUCAAUUGUGUAUUGACCAAAGUAAUAAUAAGGAAAAAGAAAAAGAAGUACCGAAAAUGAGACGGUAUUAUAGUAAUGCUGUCAUAACUUUAAUCUCAACUAAUGCUAAUACUACACCUAAUGAAAGCAAAAAAGAAUUUGUAGUGGAAACAAUAAACACAAGCCUGAGUGCUUAUUCAAAAACUGCCAAAUCUAUACAUCAUGAGAUAAAGCAUAAUUCAAAAGAUAAAGCAUCCUUGAGACUAAACGAAGCAUUGCAAGCAAUAAGAAAGCGUGGAAGGAGUAUUCCUUUAGAUGGCAUUUACUCUAUUUUGGGUUUGUUACCUUAUGGAAAGCAAGUAAGGGUUAAUUAUUCAGAAAAUAAUACUCCUCAAGAUGUUUUAUCAGAAAUAAUGAAAUUAAGUAUUCAAGAAGAAGGCUAUAAUGAAAAUGGUUCAACUAAUAUCAAAAUGACGAUAAAAAUUAACUGUGAGCCAGAAAGCAACAAAUUUACUGCCAACGGUGUCAAGUUGAUUGGCUCCAAACACGUAAUAAAUUGUUUAGUAGAUAGUUUUCAUACAAAAGGAAAAAAGGAAAAAUAUCGUAUUUAUUCAGAAGACGAGGAUAACGGUAUUCUCGCUGUAGAAGAUACAAUAAAUAAUAAAUUUUGGUUAGAAGGAGCUAAGGAGACUCUCGAAAGGAUAAAGAAAGGCGAUAUCGUAUUUGCUAUCUUAGUGCCAAACAAAGGUAAUCCUGAUUGCCCAAUAGAUAUAGUACCAUUACACGAAAGUAGCGGUAAAGAAAGAACUUAUGAGGAAAUGGAAAAGGAACUAUUUAUUGACAUGAUAAACAAAGAAGUAAUUGAGGAGAUAAAUCAGCAGGAGGAUGAAGCAGAAAAUAAAUUGGAAGAAGAAAUUCAGGUAGUAACAGAUAAUCAACAAGAUGAAAUCCAAGCCCAACAAGAAGUUCCUCCUAAAAGUAGUAAUUAA